AUGUCGGGCUUUGAAGUGCACGGCUACGAGCAGCGAGAGUCUCUGAGACAACAGGAAAACAGGCGGAGGAACAAUGUGCUGGGAUCCGAGGAACAUGCCCCUGAUGCUCUGUGUGGUCGUGUUAACAACCUGCGGGGGAUCUGCAACCACAAGGUCAUAGCUCCGCCCCUCAUCAGACCACAUCUGAAAUCGAAAAUGUGGACAUUGUGUCUCCUCCUCAUCUGUCCCCUUGUGAGUGUGACGCUGGGAGAGGACACAGUGGCAGAAGAUGUCGGUUCCCAUCAACUGCAGCGUCUGGUGGAGCUGCUGACGCACACAGAGUGCGAGGACCUGCUGCUCGCCCUCUCUCACCCGGAGGAGAACAUCUUCCAGCAUCUGGAGCGCCUCUCACCGGAGAACAACCAGCUGGAUAUCAAACCGCGAGCCAAGAGAGACACGUCUUCCUCCGAGGAUAGCGAGGCUGAGUGCCGGACGGCCCUGACAGACUGGCUGCUGAGAUACGGUGAGCGGAUCUACUACGACAAGCUCUCCCGCUCCUUGAUGCACAUCGGCAGAACCGACAUCGCCAUUGAAGUGGGGACGAACGUCAACGAGGACAAAACCUGGAACCUGAAGCGCUUCGUCGACGGGUACCACGAGUACGUGAGCUCGUUGGACGUCCCGUCGGUCCGGCCUGGUGGAAAACGCCCCCGGGCUGCAGGUCGCAAGAGAAAGAGGAAAGUGAAGGAGCUGUCAUGGCGUGACCUGGACCUGGUUGUGGAGGUGGCUCCUGUCCUUCCGUACCUGAAGGGCCCGUUGGACGUGGCUCUGCCCGUCCUGUACGGCGUCCUGCUGGGCUUCGGAGGCAGCCUGCUCGCCGGGGUCUCCAUCAUCCUCAUCGGCCUCCACGUCUCCCGCAGAGCCGCCACCACCCCCACCCCCCGGGUCACCUCCAUCACCCCCCGGGUCACUGCCAGCUCUCGCUCCAAGCUCAAGCACCUGAAGUUGGACGUGGCUCUGCCCGUCUUGUAUGACGUCCUGCUGGGCCUCAGUGGCACCUUGCUCUCCAGCCUCUUCAUCCUCAUCCUCAUCCUCCUCAUCUCCCACAGAACCAGGGUCACUGGGAUCUUUCGCUCCAAACCCAGACUGGAGAUGCGAUGCCACUUUCCAUUUCCCCCUCCAAGUGACGGCAACGUGCCCGUCUGGCAUCGGAGAACAACUAAUUAUCCAGCCUGGCGCCUGCUUCCCGGGGGCCGGGCCGGAGCCUCCGCAGGCGGCUCGAAAAAGAAUAAUAACAAUGACGACGCCGGCAGACAAUGGAAGAGCUGCCGGUUGUGA